AUGAAGGUCUUCUCAACCUCUCUCUGCUUUGGACUCCUGGCUUUGUUGUCUGUGAUGAACCUUUUAAAAUCUGCGCAUGGACAACCACAUCUGAUCUCAGGACAUGAGCUCUUUCCAGCUAAGGAACACACAAUUCAUGAGAAACUCCUGCAGGCUCUGCUGAACCGCAACCCCCGUUUCCAGAGUCCCUCCCACGCUGGUGCUGAUCUGCCCAGCAAACCAGAAGACCUUAGACAGCUAAAGAAGCUGAAAGAGGGGUUGAUGAAGACAAAGAAUGCUGAGCUGUCCCAUGCAGUAGAUGCUGUAGACGACAAUCUAUCCUCUUCCCAUACCAAUAAACGAGCUUGCUUUUGGAAAUACUGUGUCUGA